AUGAGCUCGGACGACGCCUUUACUUCGGUCCAAUGGGACCGUGAAGAGGCCCAGCCUCAUGUUUCUGACGUGUCUCCCAUCGCCGAGGAACCAGCGCAAUUGGAGCACGAUCUGCGGUCAAAAAGUCCCGAGAAUACCACAGAAUUGUCCCAUGAGGCCACAUCUACAUCUUUAGGAGUCAAAACUGCUCCAGAAAAUCAUAAAAACGCCGAGAUUGUGGGCUCAACACCUGAACCCAACAACUCGGCCAGAAAUAGCUACGAGCAGCCUCCUCCCAGCUAUACCCCGGAGGAAAGCUUCGGAUAUAACGAAAAUACCGCCUCGUCGCCUGUAAUUACAGCCGCUCCACAAUCUGACCGCGUAGAUGUAGAAAUAGGUCAGACUCAGGGUGAAGGAGCGGAAGGAACCGCCCGCAACGACGAAAACGACGAUAAGAAGGAGUUGCGUCGCAUGGAGGAUAAUUUCAAGAAAUACAAGUUGCAGCUGGAGGUCAGCAAUCCUAUUUUCGACAAGGAUCCGCACGGAAAACUGUAUAUCUCGUAUCUAAUCAUUACCAAAACAGACCAUCCAGAUUUCAAGAAGCUUCUGGAGCAGUCUGCAAAGACCGAGGGAAUUGUUACGGUCGAGGUGAGACGGCGGUACCGAGACUUCCGCUUCCUCAGUGCAUGUUUGACCAACGACUUCCCGCUGCUCAUGGUGCCACCACUUCCUCCCAAACUGAACUUUAAAUACUUGACGGGUGAUACGUUCAGUGCGCCGUUUGUGAACAAAAGAUUGUCGUCGCUUUCUCGGUUUGUAUCCUUUAUUUGCGAGCACAAGAUCUUGUCGCAACUGGCCGUGUUCCACUACUUCCUCAGUAACUCGGCUGAAUGGGGCACAUUCACGAAGAACCUCAAGAUCCUGAAGAACAGUGGCUCUGCGCCCGUUGGAGAGAACGAUGGCGAGUCUUCGCUAGUCGGUAAAGUCGUCAACGAGGAGCUUUUGACCGAGACAGUGAUGAACUUCUUCACAUCCUCCAAACACAAGAGAGAAACAAACAAGGAUAUCAUUGAGAUCAGCGACAAGCUCAAAAAGCUCUACGAGAAUCUAAUCAAGCUCGACAAGAUCUUUGCCCGUCUCAACAAGAAGAACAACGACCUCAAGAGCGACUACGAACAGUUUCUGAUCCAGGUCAACCGUCUCGCUGCCAUCCAGAUCUCUACAGCUCGAGCCAACGACGGCGGUAAAAGCGACCCCAAUGCUUCGUUCACGACUACCACCAGCUUCGAUGGCAUGCUGUCGUACGCAGCCAACUGCCGAGUAUUUUCCGAUUCACUUCUCUUCUUCUCCAACCGUUGGGGCAGCUUGCAUCAAUACAUCGACGAGACCUUCUUGGUGCUGUUGAAGGAUUGCGCCAAGUAUAUCAUCAAGUUCACCGACUUGAUAGAGUUGCAGCAUAACAAAAAGAUCGAUCUACAGGUUCUCCAAGAUUACUUGGUGAAGGCCAGGACAGAGUUGGCCAAUUUGGGCGGCGCCACCAACAGUGCACUUGGCAAUGCCGCACAUCAUGGACAUGCUCCGUCGCCAGCGCUCAUCAAUCAUAAUCGCGGCGGUCUAGUCAACAAUACUACGCAAUUGAUUAAGGAUACAUUAUCGACGUCGGCCACGCCCAACAUCGGAUCUACGCAAUCGGACCUGAAGAAAUACAAGCUUGAGCAGCGGAUCGCCAGUCUCGAAAGCGAGAUCGCGGCCCAGACCACGGUGGUGAACGCAGUCACCAGUCAAAUCAUCAACGAGGAGUAUCCCAACUGGGACCGUUACAACAAGAAACAGUUGAAGCAGUCAAUGGUGGACUUGUGCGACCGCGAGAUUUCAUUUUACAAGGACUUGUUGGAGAAUUGGAAGGGAGUGGAGCUGAAGUUAACCCAGAGACUUGAUGAGUUACAGUAA